UUUUUAGUCUAAACGCACUCAACAGCAUGGAAUCAAUUCUGUUCACCUUUACACAGUCACCAUCGUCACCAGCCGCUCUGGUUUCCACUCAAAACCCUAAUUUAAACCCAUUCAAUCACCAUAACCGUCUUCAAGCUUUCCGGUGUGCAUUAGCUUCUCAAACCAACCGAAAUCCGGCGGCGGCGGUAACCUGCAGCGCUCUGCAACAGCCGCACAUGGCAGCUCCGGCGAAGGAGGCGAAGCUAUGGGGAGGACGCUUCGAGGAAGGAGUUACGGACGCUGUUGAGAGGUUUACGGAGUCGAUUUCGUUCGAUAAAGCGCUUUAUAAACAGGAUAUUAGUGGUAGCCGUGCUCAUGCUUCAAUGCUUGCGAAACAGGGUUUGAUGAGUUUGAGCGAUAGGGAUAGCAUCAUCGAAGGUUUGAAUCAGAUAGAGCAACAAAUUGAAAGGGGAGAGUUCGUAUGGAGGACCGAUAGAGAAGAUGUACACAUGAACAUCGAAGCUACCCUUACUGAUUUGAUUGGAGAGCCCGCUAAGAAGCUUCAUACAGCUAGGAGUCGUAACGAUCAAGUUUCGACGGACUUUCGGUUGUGGUGUCGUGAUGGUAUUGAUACAAUCGUUUCACAUGUUAAACAGCUUCAGAUUGCUUUGGUGAGGCUGGCUAAGAAGAAUAUUGGCGUGAUUGUUCCUGGUUUUACGCAUUUGCAGAGUGCAGAACCGGUUUUUCUGCACCAUCAUAUCCUUGCUUAUGUCGAACAGCUUGAACUUGAUGCUAAGCGUCUGCUAGAUUGCAGAGCUAGACUGAAUUUCUGUCCUUUAGGUGCCUGCGCGUUGGCUGGCACUGGCCUGCCCAUAGAUAGGUUCAUGACUUCUGAUGCUCUCGGCUUUACUGCUCCAAUGAGGAACAGCAUGGAUGCGGUUUCGGACCGUGAUUUUAUAUUGGAACUUCUUUCUGGCAAUGCCAUAUUGGCGUUGCAUCUUUCGUGGCUUGGUGAAGAAUGGGGAUUUUGGGCAUCGGAGGAAUCUGGGUUUAGUAUGGAAGCUGUUGGCGGGAAGUCGGCUAGGGUUGUAGGAGAUUUGGUCACACUUCAAGUUUUAUGUAAGGGGCUUCCACUUACUUACAACCGUGACCUGCAGGAAGACAAAGAACCUGUAUUUGACAGUGUGAAAACAAUUAUCGGAAUGCUAGAAACGUCAGCAGACUUUGCACAGAACAUCACCUAUAAUCAUGAUAAAAUACAGAAGGUGUUACCAUCUGGUCAUCUUGCCUCUGGUUCGCUUGUGGACAGUGACAGUAUUCUAAAAGGUCUAGAUCAGAUAGAGAAACAGAUCGAAAGUGGAGAGUAUGUGUGGAUUCAAACCGAAGAACCUGCAAAGAAUCUUCUCACAGCUAGAAGUCAAAAUGGUCAACCUUCUACUGACUUUCACGUGUGGUGUUGUGACGCUAUUGAUACAAUAUUUUCGCAUGUUAAACAUCUCCAGGUUGCAUUGGUGAAGCUUGCUAAGAAGAAUACUGGAGUGAUUGUUCCUGGUUACACACAUUUGCAGAGGGCACAACCGGUUCUUCUUCAACAUCAUCUUCUAGCAUAUGUUGAACAGCUUGAACGUGACGCAGAGCGUCUACAAGAUUGCAGAGCUAGGCUAAAUGUAAUGAAGAACAGCAUGGCAGCGGUUGUUUCGGAUCUUGCAUUUGUUUUGGAAUUUGCUUCUGCUAAUUCCAUCACAGCCAUACAUCUUUCUCGUCUCGGUGAAGAAUGGGUGUUGUGGGCAUCGGAGGAAUUCGGGUUCAUUACGCCUAGUGAUUCGGUUUCAACCGGUAGCAGUAUAAUGCCUCAGAAGAAAAAUCCCGACCCUAUGGAACUUGUUCGUGGAAAGUCCGCUAGAGUUGUAGGAGACCUGAUUAAACUUCAACUUGCUCACAACCAUGGUCUUCAGGUAGACAAGGAGCCGAUAGCUGACAGCGUUAAAACGAUUAUCGGAAUGUUAGAAGUGUCGGCUGAGUUUGCACUGAACAUCACGUAUAAUCAGGAUAGAAUACAGAAGUCGUUACCAGCUGGUCAUCUUGAUGCCACUACACUUGCAGAUUAUCUUGUUCACCAGGAUAUACCUUUUAGAACUUCACACGACAUAGUUGGAAGGGGAGUUGCGUUGUGCGUUUCCAAAAACUGUCAGCUUCGGGACCUGAGUCUUGAUGAAUUACAAAGCAUUAACAACGUUUUUGAUGACGGAGUGUAUGACUAUCUUGGUGUAGAAAAUUCGAUCAAGAAGUUUAGUUCAUAUGGUUCCACUGGUUCUGAAUGCGUAGCCGCUCAACUAGAUUUCUGGAUUUCCAAGCUCAGUGUUGACGCUUAGUAUCCACGACUCUAAAAAAUGGGUAAUAUUUACCAUUUGAUGCAUCAUUUUGUGGUUGUACUUAUCUUUUGAAGGGUUGUCCCGCAUUUUGUUUCUAAACAAUGUCAUGCUGACCAAUAAAACAAAAUAGAUCUGUACUAGUUUGGUUUUUAUAAAAUGGGUCAAGGUAGGGUAGAGUCGAAUUGGUUUUCGCCUGAAGUUUGUAUUUGAUUAUGGUUUUGUUCUAAACGAAAAUCAGGUCGAUACCGAUUUAUAUCAAUCUGAUUUCUGUUCUAUUUCUUUUUAA